UUUCAAGUUUCUUUACUCAUUGGUGAACGUAGCGAAUUAAAACUUUUAAUAGUCUUUAGGAUCUAAUAAUCUUAGAAAAUAUUACACAACUAUUACAAAAAUAUUAGCAACAUAAUUGUUUAAAUUUAUAUAUAGCCAAAUCACAAAUAAUCAAACUUGUUACGCAGAAUAUAAAUUUUAUUCCUUAAAAGUAAGAAUUAUUUUUGAAUAAACAGGAGAAUGUAUUGAUCAGCAGUUGCGUAAAAAUGCAGUUAUUAUCUCUAAAUUUUUUACUAUACACCAUAAGUGGUUUGUGGCGACCGAUCGAAUGGACAUCGAAAUGCUCCAAAUACUUGUAUGGACUGUAUACUUUCACAAUGAUGUACUUAUUGAUUUUUUCGGUGAUAAUUCAGUUGAUGGAUAUCAUUCUCGUUAUUGAUAAUGUCGACGAUUUUACUACGACUUCUUUAUUAUUUCUUUCGGAUAUCGCUUGCUUUUGCAAAGCGACUACUAUCAUAAUUCGGCGCGAUAAAAUUAUUAAUUUGAUCAAAACAUUGCAAGAGAAACCGUGCAAACCUAGUAGCGAAGAGGAGAUUAAUAUCCAGAUGGAAUACGAUAAUUUAAUCAGAACAUAUUCCAUAAAUUAUUCGUUACUGGCAUCGUUUUCUUGCACUGGUGUCACGAUAGGAGAGAUAUUUGCCACUUUACAAGGCGAAUUGCCUUAUAGAGGAUGGGUGCCUUACGACGUUCACUCUUCGCUCGUUUUAUUCUGGAUUACAUCCAUUCAAGAGAUACUCGCUAUAAUUGUUGGCACGAUCAUGAAUGUUGCUACGGAAACCUUGAUAUUAGGAUUUUGCUUGCAAAUAUGUUCGCAACUUGAAAUUCUCAAGCAUCGUUUUCGAAUAGCGAUCAAAUCUGAUGAGGAGGAAGAGAGUCCUUCGAAAAAUGUAUUGUACAAGAAAAGCAGAUUUUCAGAACACAUUCGCUAUCACCUGUGCAUAAUCAGAUUUGCUGAAACUUUCAAUGAAAUAUUCAACCAAGUACUCUUUAUGCAAUUCUCCGCCAGCAUAUUAGUAUUGUGUACAAGUCUUUACUAUCUGUCAUCUCAUAUAACAUUUGAGGACUUUGUGAAAUUAGCUGUCUACACACUUUGCAUGUUCGUCCAGAUUUUUGUUUACUGCUGGGCUGGAAACGAAGUUAUACUCAAAAGUACUGGAUUGAGCGAGGCAAUGUAUGAAAUAAAUUGGACAUCAGUAACAGUCAGCGAACAAAAAGAUCUGUUGAUAAUAAUGAAACGUUGCACAAAACCUAUCAAAUUCACCAGCACUUUUUUAGUGACCCUGUCUCUGGAAUCUUACACUAAUAUUCUCAGAACGUCUUACUCUGCGUUUAACGUUUUGCAGCAAUCUUAAAAUGCAAAUUAUAUUGUUUGAUUCAUAAUACACAAUAUAUGAUCAUUUCCCAUGAAUAAAUCUCACAUUUGUCAUAA